AUGUCGGAUUCAGGCAUGCAGCUUUUGCCGCUGCCCGUAGACGCCUCAUAUGUGGAGCUUCACUGUCUUGACGGCGGUAGUUUUAUCGCAGCGGCAUCGAAGGUACACGCGGGUGCGAGCGACGACACCUUUCGCAUGUAUAACUGGGCAUUCUGCAUAGAAGAUAUCCAGACGGGAAGACAUGUGAUGUGGGAUCUGGGGCUUAGUGGAGUAGAACACGUUCCUUUACCCUUACGAAAGCGUUCCCAUAACAGAAAACUAUACGCCCUGGGUACAGAAGUAUAUGCUAUCACAGACGGAAGCAGUGGGCCCGAGAAAACCAAUAUCCACGCACAUUGGGAUCAUUGCCGGCCGAUUGAUACUGAGUUCCCGGCAGCAUGCGCAUUCUUUGGUCCUGGUACAGCAGAGCAUUGUUCUCCUGGGCACCUUGCAUCAGAAGACGCCAAAGAUACGGUGCAGUGGGAUGGGAGAUACUUCGACUCACUGAGGCAAACUCAAAAUUGGAAGGAAUUCAGUGGUCCUUGGGUCAGAUUUGGGGCAUUUGAGAAGGCCAUGGACUUCUUUGGAAAUGGGAGCUUCUGGAUUAUUCAGGCUCCUGGACAUAUGCCGGGAAACUUGUGUGCUGUUGCGCAUGUCAGGGACAACCAGUGGGUUGUGCUUGGAAGCGAUUGUUGUCACUCGAGGCGCAUUUUCGAUGGGUUAGAGCAGUUUGCCGUGUGGGAAAAUCCCAAUGGCUGUUCAGCUUCCUUGCAAGCAGAUCUUCCAGCAGCAAAAGACACCAUAAGUAGAAUUAGAUUGAUGGAAACGGAGCUAGGAUGUCAUGUCGCAUUUGCACAUGACACUGAGUGGAUGAAAAAGGGUCUUAAUCAGACAUUGAUGGCCAUGUUAGAUAGUGACAUGAAGAGAGCUGCGAAGGAAAGACUACCUUUCGAAGCCGUGGUUUAG